CUCCCGACUCCCUCCCAGGCUGUGACACAACUUUUCAGUUCCUUUUGAAUAAGUGCAGCAAAGUUGCACGCUUCUUUGCACAGCAACUUCCUCAGGAGCCUCUUGUCUGCGGAACACAAUGGCCUCAAUGCUGUGGAUUGUUACUGGGCUCUGCUGCCUGCUGAGUGUUUGCCAAGCGCGUACAGUUAUCAGCUGCCGCUUCAAAGGGGUUUUCCAUGUGGAAAAGAACGAUCGAUAUUCACUGAAUCAGGAAGAUGCCGUAAAGCUCUGUGGGAUGCUCAACACCAGCAUUGCAAAUUACACGCAAUUGGAGAUCGCCUUGGAUUUUGGCUUUGAAACCUGCAGAUACGGCUGGAUUGAAGACCGUGUAGUGAUACCACGAAUCAAACCAAAUCCCAUAUGUGCUGCCAAUUACACCGGCAUCUACACCCUUGGCAAUAACGAGUCCCUGCGCUACGACGUCUACUGCUACAAUGCCUCAGAGACGGAAGACAAGUCCUGCCAACCUGUUCUCCUCCUCAACGAAACAGAUUUUUCUCACAACACCAUCGACUCGUAUGAUCCGACCUUAGAUACUCAAAUCCAGAAUUCUGACAAAAGUGGAUACCAGGGAGACUCUGUAACUGAUCCUGCACCUGCCAUGAUCACACCAGAUCCUGGGCAGGAUCGGGGUGAUAUUCAAGGAACCCCUGACCCAGAUGGUGACCACUAUUCUACAAAGGAAGAUGGUUCUGAUUCCACAGAACAGUCAAAUGAGCGCGGACAUUCAGGAUACCAAGAAACCCCAGACCAUCACUAUCCCAAAGAAGGAAAAGAUCAUGGACGACAUGAAUUAGAUACAGAAUUUACAACCACAGAAAGUUCUCUUGAUGGUGAUGAAUUUGAGCAUGAUAGGCAUCCAGGACCUCAUGGAGAACAUCAUGUUACAGGAAGAGAUUACACCAGACCAGAUGAUAAAAGCAUUAGAGAGACAGAAGAGGUCCCAUCUGACACUGGUCGUUCUCCUGAAGAACAUGAUGGCCACCUCAUUGACCAUGAUGGAGAAGAUGACAAGAAGGGAAGAAUGUUGAACACAGAUCCGUCAUCUGAGAAUGCUGAGCUCAACAAUGAACCCAAACAGAAAAGAGGGGCUAGAGUUCCUGACUGGUUAAUUGUGGUGGUGGCUCUCGUGGCUCUGGGGCUGAUAUUGUCUGUCUGUCUUGCAAUCAAUUCCCGCAGACUGUGUGGCCAAAAGAAGAAACUGGUAAUAAAUGGAAACAAAGCAAAACUGGAAGACGGGGAGAUCAUGGAGCAAAAUGGAGACAAUGUCAAGUCUCAAGAGAUGGUACAACUGGUGUCCCAAGAGCACACAGUCGACCAAGACCCCCAAGAAGAUAUCAUUCAGAAUAAGAAGGAUGUAGACAUGAAAAUCGUAGUCUAGCAUCUCCAAAAACCAAUGGGGGAAAAAAACAACAAAGUACUAAGACUGAAUUUAGAGUUAUAAGGAGCCAUGGACAGCUAAAUAAGGAUCCUGUGCUGCUUCUGUAUCUUAUAAACGAGGCCAAACUGAAUAACAGCUUUCAGGCUAUUCCAUGACAGCAGAUACUUUCCAAUGCUCUUCUCCUGUAUGGAAUCUCUUCUUAGGGGGUUGGGGGGGUGGAAAUGAUAUGAGGAAAAUGAAGGACUAAAAGACCAGGGAUGUCCAAACAACUUACUAGUAAUCACGUACCCAGAAAAUAGAGCUCUCUGUUAUCUUCAUCUGCUGAGGACAUCAUCUUGGAUCCUGGAGGUCAAAGCUCUUUGUCAAGAUGAUACAUUGGAAACAUUGGACAGGAAUCAACACACGGCAGUGACCAACUGCAUUUUGCGUUUCUUUGAUAUGUAUUUAUAGUUCUGUGACAUCUGUAGAUCAUGAUUCAAGAAGUUUCUCACUAUGUACCCUGAUCUACUUGAGCAGACCCCAGUUUCAGGAUGUCCAUCCAUAGAGCCAACUUCUGUAAUCUCAAACAGCCUUUAUACUCAGUUAGGGUCAAAACAAUAGAUGGUCUAUUUAGUUAUACCCUUGUAAUGUAACAAUUGUUCUGAGAGCAGAACAGUAGGCCAACUACUGGGUCAUACUUACAAGACAGUAGGCCAACUACUGGGUCAGACUUACAAGACAGUAGGCCAACUACUGGGUCAGACUUACAUGACAGUAGGCCAACUACUGGGUCAGACUUACAGCGCUGAUAACAUUUCUUCCCAACUCCAAAAUGGUCACUGCAUAAACCAAAAUCCUCAAACUAUGGUGAAGCCACCUACACGGGUCCAAAGCAGUUGAUAGAGGGGUCCAAGCUGAAGAUUAGGAUAAACCAUCACAAUAUCAAGGCAUUGGGGCCCCUUUAAGAAUAUCUUUUUGUAUCGAUUUUAUUUAAGUUGGCUUACUGUAUGUAUAGCACCGUGUUUCCUACUCACUUGUUGGGUGUUCGUUUUAAUUAAGAAGAGAAGAAGCAUUGAAUCUUAAACUAUCCCAAGCUUUCAUGAGUUGCUCUAGCACUGCUUGGCCAACAUGGACUUUCAUAUCUGAGGAACUUCGGAGGACUCUCGUACUGUUUAUAUGCUGGGAAUAUAUUAGUGCUGAGAAUUUCAGACACUGCUUUGUGUAGAUGAAUGUAUGUGGUAACCCUCCUCUCCCAAAGAAUUCUCAUUCAACAUAAGACGGGUUAGAGUGGAGACAUUGAGCAGGAACAGCCCAUUUCGUAGGGUGCGCUUUGUCUAUAUAGAACUUCCGAGGGCUUAAAUUUCAACAUAUGGAAAAUAUUUUAUUUUGUGUCUUUUUUUAUAGGAGCGGGGGAAAGGGUGGCUGGGAUAACCCUUAAUUUUAUGGUGAAGGGAGGGGUUUAAACCCAAACUGUUGGGGUACUAGUGUAAUUUUGUAUCUUUGGUUCUUUAAACAACAGUCAAGGCUAAGGUCAACAGAUCAAUUGGAGAGAUCUAGGAAUGAUUUAGGAAGCUAUGGGGCUUCUCAUAUCCCUUACAGGACUGAUCUGAUUCGAUGCUCUCUUACCCCCGGUGUGAUGCAGUUACUGGCGUUAGGGUUAUUAAUGCAAACGGCAGGGGUCGCCAUGAGAUCCGUGAAGUGGCCUUCAGAAGUGGGUCACACCUGCUCUACAUGAGCUGAAUCUUUUUGUCCAUGUAGGUGAUUUCCCUCAAUCUCUAGACUUUUCAGAAGCUUCUCCUGGCUGGAUUUAUGGGGAGAAACAUCAGUUUUUGAUGGGAUCCAUUCAAGACCUAGCGGUGAUUUGGAGCAUUAUGGGCAAAUUUUAGGAACACUGACUUACCCUUUGGAGCACUUAUUUUUGCUAACGCCCCCCCUCCCUCGUUAAACAUGUGACCUGGUGGGCAGGAGCCUAAUGCAGGGUCAGCCUACUUAAAGGAAUUUUUAAAAAUGCAAAAAAAGUACAAUUCUUUAUCCCUUGUAAAGAGCAAGGACCUGAGCAGAAUAAUUAUAUAAGUGGGUCGGGAUAUCUGUGGAACACAAUUUUCAUGCGCAAAUACCCCAAUAAUAAAAACACAUGUUCUACUCUA